AAUAAAUAUUUUCGAUUUUCUCGUAGAUCGCACCCGAAUUCCUCAAACAAGUGAAAAAUGAUUACGGCUAUACUUUCCAUAGCCUUGUCCCUUGUAGGGACAAUUUUUGGCGCCCCAGCCGAUCCAGUCUUCAAAUUGACUGACAACGAUUUUGACCAUUUUUUGAAAGACAAAGAGACAAUGUUGGUAGACUUUUAUGCACCUUGGUGCAGCGACUGUGCCAGAUUAAAGCCUGAGUUCGACAAAGCCGCGAAGGAUUUUGCUCAGAAGGGAAAAUUUGUUUUCGCUAAGAUUGAUUGCUUCGGCGAGGGAAGAAGCAUCUGCGAAAACAGAUUCAAUGUACACAGCUGGCCUCAAUUGAAAGUUUUCCGCCGAGGGCAAUAUGCGGGAGAAUACAGCGGAAACCAAGACAAAGCUUCUAUUGAAAGAUUUGUGAGCAGCCUUAUUAAACAAAAAGUGCCAGAUAAUAUUGGUCAGGACCAACCCCAGGAAAACCCGUCGGCAAUCAAAGAGAACCCGUAUGGCCCCUGGUACCAAAACGGAUGGACUUAUACGGCAGUGAGUCCUGGAAAUGUCCCUUAUCAGAACCCACCCGGCUGGAAAAGAGGAUAAGGCUGAAAAUAUUCCCAAAAGAAAUUAUCACUUAACAUAGACCCGCAGCAAUUUAUGAGAGCCUAAUGAUCAAUGGCUACAGCAGUUCACUCAUGGAAAAGAGGUCUAGUUUCCGUGCUAAACCAUAUUAUUUCAAUCAUAUUAUACGCAGUCGCUGAACUUGUAAAAAUGUUGCAUUUUGAAGCGUGCUAGUAAUGAGAAAAUUAUAUGCUUUUUGUAAAAAUUAAUCGAGGGAAGAUAUUCCUUCCUCUUAAGCCUGUUUAUCUACUUUCGAACAAUUUAUUCCAACACUAGCAUUACUUUAAAGUGAAAGUAUUUCAAAUGAAUUUCUCUGGAAUGAAAAAUUUCAACUUGUCAAAAAAUGUGCUAUGUUUGUUUUGUUUAAUUAAACGCCAACUUAAGAGUUUUUUAUCAGAUUUGAAAUGGCCCCUGAUAUUGAGGCAUCAAGAACACUUACACUUAGUCGUUACAAAAUGGAGGUUUGAACGUGUGAAAAUUAAUUUUUUUCUUCUGUCUAAAUCUGCCAUAAAUCUGCCAUAAAUAGAGCAGCAGAAAAACUAGUGGUAACGGAGCUGUAGAAAAAUUUGGUGUUGAUUUACUGAAAAGCAGACAAUUUACAGAGUAGAGACUAUUCUUGCAAGGAGUGAAAGCAACUAAAAUAGACAAGAAUCCAGAUGAAGCAGAUUCUAAUCUCAUUUCAGAUCUGGAAGACAUGUUAGGUUUCACAACUAAUAAAUUUGUUUCCAUGAAGAUCACAUUCGACUGAACCAGAACAAAUUUAUCAUUUUUAACGUGGAGCACUCUACAACUUGAGUCAAACCAAUUUGUAGGUCUUCCUGACACCCUAAGACCUAAAGUGCUUCGGUAAAUCAGAGAUGAAUGUGAAUCCAGGGAUUGAUGACCUGCGCAUCUUUCACGGCGUUAGGGCGUACGGCCGCGCACAGAGUUUUAACUUCAACAGACAAUUAAGACAGGCAGAGAUUUUGCGUUUAGCUGAUGACAAUAGGGAGGGGACUGAGUUAACACUUAAGACACAAGCUAAUUUGGUUAGAAUAAUUUCUUAUUAGUAGUAGAUAAUAGAGGAUUAUUAUCGCCACGUUGGAAUUUCCCGAGGACGGUGAAAAUGGCGGGAAAUAUCACUGCCGAAAUUGAGGCUUGUUUGAUAACAAAAAUUUACAGCCAAGAGCAAAAACUCAGAAAAUUUAAUAUACUCUGUGCAAUUUCAAGCCAUCAGAAAACAUAGCGCAAAAUCUAAACGAACAUUUAAACACAAUGUCUUAAGUGAAAAAUUAUGUUUAAUCUGGUUUGAGCAAACAAGACUACAAAACAGCCCCAUAACUAGUUGACUGGAAGUUCUACCUCCAGUUCAAAUAAGACGAUUUUUAUAAAAGUUAUAUUUUCAAUGCACAAUAUUUCGACGUACCAGGAAAACGUGUAGUAUUCCUGUAACAUAGCCUCCCUAGUUCUAAAUUUAUCUUAUUC